UUAAGUAGCAAACAUCAAUUGACCGUGGACGCUGAUCAUGAGCUUUCCACUGAUGUUCUACUCAUCGCUACCUUUUGUGACUACUUACCUUUCCAAACCAAGUCUACGUCUGUGAACAUGAUUGCAAUGCCGCUUCCGGUCGUUCCGGCCGCUCGCUCGACAAUCGCUCCUCCCAGAUCCACGACCUGACCUCCCUCCUCCCUUUAAGCCUCGGUCGGUCAGCGUAUCGAGAGAGGACUUAUCGCGCGAUGACAUCGAACCGUUUGCUCUCCUCCCUCGCACAUUCAUCCCUUUCCUUCUGCAGUCUACCAUCCCCGGUCAUGCGCUAUGGAUGGCCCGCUCCUAGGCAGACCCUUCUGACCUACGCGAAAGAACACGGCUUGAUCCUGAUGAUGCGCAGACGCAACCGAACGCUUCCUGACGAGUCUGACGGGGAGAGCAGUGAUGAUGACGCCAACGAGUCAUCCACUGACGACGGCACAAAGAGCAUAAAGACCGAUGAUAACUCAUCUAGCAAGGGAGGUGACGAAUCAGAUGGGAGUAGAACGGCUAUUGUCGAGGAGACUUCCAGGACCUUCAAGCGGUUGCCGCCGCUCUUUACGAGGACGGAUGUUGACGAACCAGCAUCCAUGGUAGCUGCCUUGGGACAUAUCUUCACUCGGCUUACAACAAAGGACGGUUUGCGGCUCCCUGCGGCUAUGAAUAUAUUCCUCACUCUGCAGCACGGCGGAGGCGAGCGUCAACUCAUAUCGGUGUACACAAAUUACCAUCUCCUUCGUAAGGACCUCCCUCGCCUGAGGAUAUCCAGACGUUCGGAGAUGCCGUGGGGAUCACGACGGCGCCGAAGUGGUAUAUCGACCAUGAUAAGUACGAAUGGCAGUCGGUCAGGAACCCAUACCGACGGUAAUACCACCUUGCACGACACAUCUCCCAUCUUUUCUCGAGUUCUUCUGAAUCCCUAUGCUUACCGGUUGCGGACAUGAGCUUGUGUAUCUAUACUCUGUCUCCACAUCGUGAGUGGCAUCCCACCCACUGCGGGUCCAUCGCACGCAAA